AUGUCAACUUAUAAUUAUAAAUCUUCAAAAUAUCAUAAAGUAUCAUCAAGAAAUAAAUUAAAAUCAGAUAAAAGUGAUAUAACAGAUAAAAUUGAUAAAAUUGAUAUUGAUGAUGUAAUUAAUAAUGAUACGAUAAACACACAUUUACUGUUAUUAAAAAUAUUUAAAACAUUGAGACAUAAAGAUGAUAAGACAAAUAAAUUAUAUUUAUCCGAAGCUUUAAAAAGAUAUAUCACAUGGAUGAAUUUAUUAAAUGAUAAAUUUAGUAAUGAUGAUGAUGAUAUCCCCAUUUCACCAAUCGAUGUAUGUCAAAUCUGGCAUGCACAUUUAUUAUUACCUAUUAAAUAUUUUAAAGAUAUAGAAGAAUUAUAUAAAGAAGAAUAUAAAUUUCCACUUGAUAAAAUACAUAAAAUCUGGAAUAACAGUAAUAAUAAUGAAUAUUUAUCCUCAUUGAAAUUUUGGGAAAAACAUACUAAUCAACCAUGGAUUCUGAAUAUUCAAAACGAUUCACCAUUUUCCUUAAAUCUUGUAAAUGCUGUAAUUCGUCAAUAUAAAUUCACGGAUAAAAUAAUUAAUGAUUAUAAUACUGAUAAACCUAUGGACCAUUCAAAAGCAAUCGAAAAAUAUAAAAAAUUUCUUUUAUUGGUUAAAAAUAAUGAAAAAAAUCUUGUUCCGACAAUAGAUAUAGAUCUUUGUUGGCAUACACAUAUGCUUCAUGCUAUCGAUUAUCGUGAUUUUACAAAAAAAUAUAUGGGCAAAAUCAUCAAUUAUGAUGAUAAAAUCUCUGAAUCUAUUCUCUCUGAUAAUUUUGAUAAAACUUCUGAUAUUUGGUAUAAAAAUUUCAAUGAAUUAUAUAUUGAUGAAAAUUUCAACAAUAACAAAAAAAAUAAAUCUAAAGAUUGUGGUAUGACUGGUACUGGUUGGUGUAUGGGAUAA